GUAUCGCAUUUCUGUAAUGGCCACCGUCUAGCGUUGUCGUUGAACUCGUUUUGAGUGCAAGAAUGCAGAGUUAAUUUUUAUGCACGCGAAUCAAUUGUGAUUAGUGAAUUAAAAGUACAUUCCUGAUAGUUGCCAACGUGUGAAAAAAGUGUCGAUAAUAAAUAUAACCUAGAAAAUAAUUAUUUUAUAAAUAAAUUCGACACAUUCUUCCACUGUUUACGCAUUGCAACAGUUUUUUUAGUGAAUACAAUUACUCUUAUCUUUCAUUAUCUAGUGAAAAAACAAUUAUGGUGAUAAGGAAUGGAAAUUACUUUUAAUUUUAGGAUAGAUCUAAGUAGUAUUUUUACUUUAACAGUACUCCAAAUACUCUCUCAAAUCUGCUGAGUAAACAAAAGUGACAGCACGCUGUGUCGAUUACGUUUGGAAUCUUGAAAAAAGAGCUCCGAGUGAACUUCCCAACUUCGGGGUCAUUGAUUCUCCUCGAAUUCUAUUUAUUCCCUUGUGUAAUAUUGAACCAAUGAUAACAAACUGUUGGCAGAAUGUGACAAUUGUAUUGCAACACCUUGGAACAAAUAUGUUUUACGGUGCAUCAUUAAUGUAAUAAUGAUUAUACUGCACUUUUCAAUAAAAUUAUAACAUCAAAAAUAAAAUUGAAAAGAUACAAUAGUGGAAAAAUAUGAAAUUGUAUUUUGUAAAAUACUUCUGACAACAAAAAAAACACCAGGAAAUUUUUGUUUUAUUGAACAUUUUUGAUAAAGAAAAAAAAAUGACAAUGAAAAGUCUCAGAAGUUCUAUUUGCUCUUGGCAGUCCAACAGUCUUCCGCAAUAACGUUAAAAAAUGCUAGGCAACGUGUCUGCAUCGAAUGCCCCUGGGCCUCCUGUUAGUGUAUUAAAUUCAAAGCCAGGAACUCGGACUUCCGGCACGUGUUUGUCGUGCUUUUCAACUGAUGAAAAUACUGUUGUGAACAGUGAAGAGAAACUCAAAUCUUGGAGAGCUAAGGAUAUGGUGUCUGUAGUAUCAGAAGCACCUACCAAUAUACAGGUGCCAAAUACUUCAUGUGGAGGAACUCCAGAAUUACAGUGGCCUUGUAGGACAGAAAACACAAGUCAAAAAAAUUCUUCCAACGUUUCCAAAUUUUCCAGUGACUCAAUCAUGAGCCCAGUUAAUAAAAUUCCUUCGAGACCAAAGUCUCCACCAAUUAUUAUUUCAACAAUACAUAAAUGCUCGUCAAAUCCCAAUUGUCCCGAGCUAUCUGCUAAAUCGAGAGGAGAUUUUUCCCACAACAGUGCUUCCAAAACAAUAAAAAAAUCCUCUUCUUCAAGUGUUAAUUGUUUGCAUGAACUUAAUAGCAGAAAAGAAAAAAAGUUAUCUGUUGUCCAUCAAGAUUCUGUUGCUAAGGAGCAACGGACUUGUAAAUCGUUAAAAGAUCAAUUCACGAAUAACGUGCCAAAUUCAAAAUCAAUCUUAACUUUAAGAUCUCAUGAAAUGUCAAAUAAUAUUGAUGAAUUAACAGUCGGGAAUUGUGAAUUUUCAGGACCUAUGACUUCUAAUAAAGAAUCAUCGUCUUUGAAAUCACAUCUGAUUUCAUCAAAAGAAUCUUCCAAUAAUAUUAAUAGUAACAGUAUUGUUUAUCGAUCAAGUGCAGCUGAAAAAAAAUCUUCCAUACCCUCGACAGAAUUUUUAACAUCAACAUUUUCCAGAGAAGAGCGAAGACUUGAUGAGGAAAUUCAACAAAAUUGUAUAAACUUCUUACCACAGGAUUUACCUACAGAAUUACAGUCUUCCCCUAAGAGCUACAAGGAUAGGGAAAAGUGUCGUGAUCCUUGGAGGCCCACUGAGCUUGAUGCUAGUCUAUCUUCCUCUAUUGAUAGAUCAGCAGGAGAUAACCUUCAGGAGACAAACACAAAGAGAAGAACUGGUGCUUCUUGUCAAGCAUUAAGGCAUGCUGUCGCAUCGCUUAAUAGACUAGAUGACUUUUAUCUUGAGAAGAUUGGCGCUGGUUUUUUCUCGGAGGUUUUCAAGGUUACUCACAAGGUAACGGGACAGGUGAUGGUUCUCAAGAUGAAUCAACUACCUGCAAAUAAACCAAACAUGCUUAAAGAAGUCCAGUUAAUGAAUAAACUCAGUCAUCCUAAUAUACUUAGGUUCAUGGGCGUUUGUGUGCACGAGGGUCAGCUACAUGCGUUGACGGAAUACAUAAAUGGCGGCAGCUUAGAGCAGCUUAUAAUGGCAAGGCAUACACCGCUGAGUCAUCUGACGAGGAUGAACCUUGCCAGAGACAUAGCUAGAGGGAUGGCAUAUCUUCACAGUCGAGGAGUCUUUCAUCGAGAUUUGACCUCGAAGAAUGUCUUAAUCAAGCGAGACGAGGCAACUGGUGAUCUCAUGGCUGUCGUUGGAGAUUUUGGAUUAGCUGCUAAGAUUCCUGAUCCCAGUUCGGGCUACAGACUCAGUACAGUUGGUAGUCCUUAUUGGAUGUCACCAGAAUGUUUGAAAGGUCAAUGGUAUGAUCACAGGUCAGAUGUCUUUUCUUUUGGAAUUGUCGUUUGUGAACUCAUUGGGCGAGUUCCUGCCGAUCCUGAUGUGCUUCCACGUUCUGACAACUUUGGCCUCGAUUAUCUUGCAGUAGCAGAAAUUUGUGCUUCAGCAGAUCCACCACCAGCCUUUCUUCAACUUGCUUUCAAUUGUUGCACGUAUGAACCGAAAUCCCGACCAACUUUUCCGGAGAUUGUCUUAACGUUGGACAACUUAAUAUCAAAUCAUGACGAUCAGCUGAAGGUUUCCAUUGAAAAACGACAAUCUGCUGAUCCUGCUUUGAUAACAAGUUUACAUGAGAUUGUUAGAGAAGGCAGAAAUUUCAGACGACGUCCAGCAAGACAGAGAAGUCAUUCUGCAGAUGCGAGAGGUUGCGAUAAUGCUACUCCUUCAGACAAAGCUCGAUGCCAUUCAGCAAGACGAGUGGCUGAACUUGCAAGCCGUCGAGAUCCUCAUUAUCGACCAAUGACAGCUAAUCCAUUUCAUGCACUUGGUGGAGUUAAAAAGAUCUUGGGUGAUCUUUUUUCUAGUUGUCUUGAGCUACCUUCACUCGAAGAUGUCAGACCUAGUGUUACUGAUGGCGUUAAUACUAAAUUUAAACCAGCACAAAACGAUAGCAUCGCCAAAAUUCUUGAUAGAAAGAAACCUAACUCUGAGCCAAGCAGUCCAACUGCCAGAAAAAAGUGGGAAAAGAAGGUGGCGACGAAGGUCGGAGCUGCAAGUCUGUUUGCUCACCCACUUUUUAGAGAAGGUUGGGAACCUCGAAGGCGCGGAAGUUGUGAAUCAGGAUUUUGGAGUUGUGUUGGUGAAGAUUUAAGUCCGGAACCUCCUAAUCGUCGUCAUGCAUCUACAUUAAGUAGCUCUGCUGCCAGUAGUUUAUUUCUCUUGGAUGAUCAUAGAACGAGUUCCAUCUAUACGGAUUCUUCAGAGGAUAUUGCAAGUCUUGGAGGUGGAGAUACUUCUUAUUGGGAAGAGAAAUUAGGAGGUAUUGGAUCGUCGAGUAAAACUAUUUCAAAAAUUGUUGAGUAUUUUGAGAGAAAACAAGCUACUGCUGGAAGACACACCCAUGAAACAGCUCCCAACAGAAUUGCUUUAUUAAAAGCAAGUCUUGAAGGUACUGUGCCUCUAUGUAGUAUUUCUGCUGCUCAACGUUUAGUAGUUUGCGAAGGCGCUGUGCGGAGUAAACUUCCGCUUUUUGAUAAGAAAUGACUUGGAUACUUUCAUCGGGUAAAUGAGUAUUAGCUAAAUUAUAAUGAUAUUUCUAAUUCAAAAUUUUUCUACUUGUACAAGUCAUAUAAAAAAUUUAUUUAGAGCUGUGUUAAUUGCAGUUUUUACAUAAUCAAAUUCAUUGAAACACUGACGUGAUUCAUUUGUGUUAUUCGAUAUUAUUUUUGAUGAUUAAUUAUUCAGUGUAAAUCAUGUUUUAUUUUUCUCGCUUUUUUUUUCUCGAAAAUCAAUUGAUUCCAUUGUAAAGUUCUCUGUGAGAAUGCAAAAAAUAAUGAAAAGAAAGCAAUUGGUAUAUAUACAACGCAACUGUGAUUUUUGAUAAUCUACAAUGUAUCCAUAGUUAAUAUAAAAUUGUCCAAGUCGAUAAUACUUAUAAAAAUAAUUAGAUCAUGAGGUAAUUUAAAAGCUAAGCUUUUACAUUAUAAUGUUUCCCAUUUAAUCACUACCCAAUUCCGUCCUAUACAUUUUAACUAUUUACUAAUUUUCGAGAAAUAAUACGCGAGUUAAUUGUUAUUCAAUGUAAUUCUUUUUUUCAUUAUUAAAUUGUUGCAAAAAUCUUGACAAAUUAAUUGCAGUAAAUAGAUAAAAAUCUUUUAAUUAUUAAUGUAAUAAAUACUGAAAGUAAUAAUUCUAUUAAUUAAUUUGAAUUUUGAUAAUCAUAAUUGUACAGUAUGAUUUUUCAAAUUUUUGUAACAGUUAAAUAAUCAAUUGGUAAAACCUCAGUUAUUAUUAAUAUUUAAUUAAGGAUGUAAUUUUCGGUCGAAAAAUAUAAAAUACUUUUCAAAAAUUGCAGAAGCCAUAUAUCAGAUUACUCUCAUGUGUUCCAUUCAAUGACGUUGUUGCUACGAAUAUAACUAAUCAACAAUAUUUCAUCUUUACAAUAAUGAAUUGCACGUACAAAAUGGAUGCAUGCGAUAUUUAAAGUGCAGAAAAAGUGAAAAAGCAGUAUAUUUUAUUGAUGGAAAGUAAUCUAAAAUAUUUCGUUUGGCAAAAAUGGGUAUAGGUAGCCUUAGAAUUAAUAGGAUAUCGCUAUAUUUAAAAGCGUCUAUGAGAAACUGGUCUAGUCAGUAUAUUAUUGUGGCGGCCUUAUAUUUUAUAUAUCACAUUAGAAUUAAAUAAAAUAUUAAUAACAAA